AUGAAAACAUUGAUGGAUUUAGAUCAUACAGACGAGAUCAGACAAGCGGCACUAGCUUAUGCUGAUGACACAGCCUGGCUAGCAAAUUCGAAGCAACAACUGGAACGUAUAAUAGCUUUGGCUGAACAAUUUUUUAAGUUAAAUGACAUUAAAAUAAAUGGAAACAAAUCUAAGCUAGUAGUGGUUAACUCAGGGUUGGCUAAGCAGGAAAGGUGGAUAAGUCAAGAUUUUUGGAAGUGUAAUGCUGCCGAGACGGGCAAGACUAGGUGGAGAGGCAAUAUCACCUGUAAUACAGUUGAAAGAUGCAAGCAGUUCGAAGUAUUUUUUAGUACAGUUGAACAAGGGUGGCAAAUAAAGGGCACAGGCCCUAAGAUAGAGGAUUUAAUACCACCCAAAGUAUUCGAAAAGAGUGAAAAUUCUCGCAUCAAAUUAGAAAUCUUUUUCUUAGGGCAAAUAAUAGAUUAUGAAGGCAAUACACUAUUAACGUGGCAGCAACUCAGAGCUCUGAGGGGUAAAUGUACGAAUGGAAUGAAAGCACGGUGGUUUAGUGAAAUAGAAAAGAAGGUUUUGGUUUCAGUAGAGGGAAGAAUACUAAAAAGGGAAUAUCAGCUAAGCCACAGAAACCCAAUGUAUCUCCCAGUACAGCUCAAGAAAUCAAAAACAGACAAGAGAUGUAAGCCCUGGGUAGUGCUGAAAGAUCAAGAUUCAACAGCUCCGGUAAUCGGUCGUGUUUUAGACGCUAACGGGGAAGAUACAUACUUUGAACACUGGCGAACGGAGCCCGGUCACAAUACAGGGUUGCUGCACCGAUGUACUGGUUGUAGUAUAAAUUUAGCAAAUGAAGCAAAUCAAUGUGUAGGCAAGAAGUCUAUGACACAAGACCUUCGCCAAGUUAAAAGUAUUGUUAAAAGAGAGAACAAAUGGUCUAUGCUAAUCCCUGCAUCCUGGUUUUUCACACCUACUGUUCCUGAGCAGGGUACCGAAGAGAGUUUAGUAGAGCUACAGCCAAUUGAAAAUGUAGACAUCACCUUCAUUAAAA